CUGAAGCCCCGUCCAAUUGGAGGCAUUUUGUUCAUAAUCAUUAUAUGGUAUGGGCUCACAUCUACCCAUUCACCAUUGCGAUUCGGGCGCAAGAGACAGAUGCUCUUGCAACCUAAAGGACCAUCCUUCUCAUCCACUCAACUCGACAGACAAUCGCAAAUUAGAGAGUCCUUCUUCAGGACUUACCGGAUGUACGCCAAACCUUCGUGGAGUCAUGCUCAUGUUGCUCCGCUUUCCCUACUCUCGAAGAAUCCAGACAACGAGGACGGCGCCACUAUAGUCGACUCUCUGACAGCCUUGCACAUCAUGAACCUAAGGGAAGAAUUUGAGGCUGCUCUUGAUCAAACCAUCAACAUGGAUUUUCAAGUAUCCAACGCGAAAGGAGAAGCCACUCUGACCCCCGAAACUACGAUCCGCUGUCUUGGCGCGAUUCUUUCGACCUAUGAAUUGCUUGGAAAAAAUCGGACAAAGCUCCUUCACAAAGCCCAAGAACUGGGUAAUCAGCUCCAGAAUUCCUGGAAUUUCAACCAAUCAGCCGUUCCAUAUCCGUGGUUGCAUUUCGGUCCCAAACAAAAGGAGGAGAAGAAGACAAUCACCAUAGCUCAAGCGGCAUCGUUGACAUUAGAAUUCAAUCGGCUGUCGCACUGGACCGGUAACAACAGCUAUCGCGCUCGCGCCGAUGAAAGCAGUCGUCACAUAAUGAACAAUCCCCCGGCUUUCCCCGGCCGAUAUUCGCCGAGUUUGACUUCUGCUAAUGGACCCCCAGUGCGCGAAAUCGUAAGGUGGGCAGAUCAGCUGAAUAGCUUUCUGGAAUAUGGCAUCAAGUACUGGCAGCUGGUGGGUGAACCAGCCAUGUACUACAUGAAGUUUUGGCAAGACAGCGUGGAUUCAUUGAUCGAACACCUUUUACAAUGGUCACCUGGUAAUAAUCAACCGUAUCUGGCAGGAUAUUCGCAAGCUAGAGGAGGGCAACAAAGCGAUAUGUUUCAACUGGGAUGCUUCGCUCCUGGCAACUGGAUGUUGGGUGGGAAGCUGCUCCAAAAUGAAGCCAUUUACAUGCUUGGGCUUGGAAUGGCCGAAACCUGCUGCCGAACGGACCCCUCUUCCCGUGAAGGACAAGGCCAAAAUAAACUCACGGAGAAGAAGGAUAACCAAGUGGUCGAGACAGCGCUUAUGUUGCGUCCCGAGGUUGCCAAAAGCAUCUGGUAUGCGUGGCGGUUCACUGGAGAUCCUGUGUGGCAAGAAAGAGCAUGGUCGUUGUUUCAAGCUUCCGAAAAGCACUUCAAGGCUACCGGUGGAUAUUAUGCACAAAAUGAUGCUAAGGAUUCAGGCUCUGCCAAACCCAACUCCACUGAAACCUUCUUGUUUGGCGAAUUCUUCAAGUAUUUGUAUCUGACUUUCACAGAGCGCGAUUACCUUUCAUUGGAUGACUGGGUAUUUUCAGCGCAAGGCCACCCUUUCAGAAUUGAUCCCAGCCGCGAAUUGGGAAAUCUGAGGGAAUUUAUCGAACAGACCAAAACCUAAGAUUGUAGACUAUUUUAUGAUAUCCUCUUCACAAGAUCACCCAAUUAGGCAUAAGAAAUUAUUUUUUACUUCAACGAUGACUCUUCGACUACCCUUGGGCUAAUUUCACUUGAGAUUUUUUUUAAACCUUAUACUUGUUAAAGCUAACCCUUCUAAAGAUUGUGAAGACUAAGUAUGUUAUGUAAUUUGACUCGAGAUGCUCCUCUGUCUUUUGUAUUUUCCUUUUGAUAUUUGGAUUUGUUUUUCCUCUUCAAUCUGUUUGUUUCUUGAAAUGGUCUAUCUUGGUAGAAAUUGAAACAGCACUCUUCAGGCA